GUGUAUUCCUAACGUCAACGCACCACGUUUGAGGAUAGAUCCUGACGACAUGUGGCUACUUUGCUAUAGGUGUGCGUCCGUUAAACCAGUCUGGAAAGAAACAAGUAGCAAUAUCCGGUUGUCAAAGUGUUACCAUAGUAACCAAAACACCAGUAGUCAUCCCUAGAGCCGGCGUAACUGCUAAAUUACAACUAAAACGUUCUCAGUGUAUUCCAACCGCCAACGCACGGAUCAUGAAGGUAGGCCAUGACGCCAUGUUGCUACUUUGACAACCCUGCGCGUCAGUCAAACUAGUCCGGUGGCAAACAAGUAACAACAUCCGGCUGUCGUAGAGUUACUAAUAUGAACACAAACACCAAUAGUCAUCCUGAGGAGCUGCGUAACUGUUAUAUUCCAACGUAAAUGUUGUCUGUGUAUUCCUAACGUCAACGCAGCACUUUUGAGGAUAGAUCCUGACGACAUGUGGCUACUUUGCUAUUAGGUGUGCGUCCGUUAAACCAGUCUGGAAAGAAACAAGUAGCAAUAUCCGGUUGUGAAAGCGUUACCAUAGUAACCAAAACACCAGUAGUCAUCCCUAGAGCCGACGUAACUGUUACAUUACAACUAAAACGUUCUCAGUGUAUUCCAAACGUCAACGCACGGAUUAUGACGGUAGGCCAUGACGACAUGUUGCUAUGUGUGCGUCAAUUAAACCGAUCCGAUGGGAAAUAUAACAACUUCCGGAUGUUGUAGCGUUACCAUAGAAACAAAAUCGUCAACUAACAUAUUGAGCUAUUGACUCAUCGAGGAACAGCGGGUGAAGUCUCCCUUUUGGACCAGUACUAUUAAAAAGAAACUUUUUUUUAACUUUUUAACCAUGUCACUUGUUGUUGUCACUGAAACAACCAAAGAGAAAACAACAGUUGCUGAAGUGGAAUGUGCAGAUAGGCAAGAAACAUCUGGAGUUACCACAGCACAGGAUGGACAUCAAGAAAAGAAAGAACAUUCUGGACCACGGAUGACCAAGACAUUUUUACGGGACCACUGUAAGCAGAACAAACUCUAUUCAACACCAUGUCUGAAUGACACCUUGUAUCUGCAUUACAAGGGUUUCACCACAAUUGAAAAUUUAGAAGAAUACACAGGACUCAAAUGUCUAUGGCUGGAAAGCAAUGGCCUGCAACAGAUCGGAAACUUGGAUGCACAAAUUGAUCUCCGUUGCUUGUUUCUUCAGCAGAACCUCAUCCACAAGCUGGAAAACCUGGACGCUCUAAAAAGGUUAAGCACUCUGAAUGUCUCCAACAACUACAUACAAACCAUAGAGAACCUCUCCUGCCUUCCUCAACUUGGCACUCUUCAGAUGGCCCAUAACAAACUUGCAGGAGUUGAGGACAUCGAGCACUUGACUCAAUGUCCAUCCAUCAGUGUGUUGGAUCUGUCUCACAACUUACUACAAGAUCCGGAGAUUCUUCCUGUACUUGAAGCUAUGCCGGAAUUACGUGUACUCACCCUGAUGGGCAAUGAAGUUGUAAAAAAGAUCCCCAACUACAGAAAGACUCUGAUUAUUCACCUCAAACAGCUUACCUUCCUUGAUGACAGGCCUGUUUUCCCCAGAGACAGAGCCUGUGCAGAGGCAUGGGCGCUUGGUGGGAUUGAGGAGGAACGCAGAGAGAGGGAACAAUGGAACACACGAGAAAGGAGGAAAAUUCAGGAAGGCUUGGAGGCCUUGGCGGUGGUUCGACAGAAAGCCCAGGAGAGACGACGCUUGAAAGAGAAACUGGAGAGAGGUGAGACUUGCUUCAAACCGGAAACUUUUCAUCAGGAAGCAGUUCCUGGGAAAACCCAAGAUUUUGUCCAGGAUACCCUGAAUGCCCAGGAGGAGUUUAUACAAAAUCAAACAAGACAGCAGCCCUGCUAUGAAGAUUUAGAAGCAGAUACCCCAGAUGAUGUGGUGUAUAGAGAAAUAUCAGAGGAAGAUGAUGGUAAACAGUCCGAAAAAGGUGAGGACUACAUUCAAAGCAAUGAAAUAGCCAUCAAGGCCACAAGAGCUUCCCUUGAAGCACUACACAAUCCCGGGCCAUUGGUGACCGAAUUGGUGGAUGCAGAGCAGCUGGAAACCAUUCCUCUGACUCAGCCACUACUUGUUGAUGAUCUGCCUGAUCUGAAGGAUGUGGACUCUGAGGACAAUGAACAUAUACCCUCUUUUGAACCAGUUUUCAAACCAAAAAUAGAGGUAAUCUCGGAGGUAGUUAGGAAUGAGAGUAUCAAUUUGGCUCCAACAAAGUCAUUGUUUUUGAGUGGCUCCAACAAGACAACUGACGUUCCUCAAGAUUCAGCACUGAUAUAUCCAGAAGAUAAAGAUGUUGUUGAAAUAGAUGCAAAAUCCAAAACAAUAUCCUGUCCUCCAUACUGCUUGAUAGAGGAGCUGGAAUAAUGACAUUUAAGUACUUAAGUUGUACCUCAAUACAUAAUAUUGUGCAGUAGUUCUGGUCACAGUUAAAGUGGCAGCGGCAUAUGAAACUGGAGAGUUGGUGGUUCAAAGCUUCCUCCACCCCAGUCACUGCUGUAGUGUCCUUGGUUAAGAUACAUCAUCCACCUCACCUCCAGUUCUGCCAACACCGGUGUAUAAAUGUAAUUUUUUUUCUUUUAGACCACUGUAGGUCAAUAUCAAAUCA